AUGCUGCGGUUUCUGGUGCUGACCUGUGCGCUCUGCUUAGGAAGACACACUGCCGCAGGACAGAGAGAUGGUGAAAUUAUUAGUCAGAUUAAAAUGACGAACCUCGCCCUGGCUGAGAUUAAAGAGCUUCUGAAACAGCAGGUAAGAGAGAUAGUAUUCCUGAAGAACACAGCGAUGGAGUGUGAAGCCUGCGGGAUGGGAGGAGUAAAGCCUCGUCCUUCCUGUGUGCCCAACCCCUGCCACCCAGGGGUGAAGUGCAUGGAGACAUCUCAGGGUGUAAAGUGUGGCCCCUGUCCUGAUGGCACGGUGGGCAAUGGUACCCACUGCACGGACGUGGAUGAGUGUACUGUGAUGCCAUGUCACAUGGGCGUGCGCUGUAUCAACACCUCCCCAGGUUUCCGCUGUGGUUCCUGCCCUGCAGGGUACACCGGCCCCCAGGUGCAGGGCGUCGGCAUCGCCUAUGCUACCGCCAACAAACAGGUGUGCAAGGAUAUUGAUGAGUGUGAAAGCCCCAACAGCGGAGGUUGUGUGGAGAACUCAGUCUGCAUGAACACCCCAGGCUCUUUCAGGUGUGGUCCAUGUAAGCCGGGCUAUAUUGGUGAUCAGAGACGUGGCUGUAAGCCUGAGAGAGCUUGUGGGAAUGGCCAGCCAAACCCCUGCCAUGCCAGUGCUGAGUGCAUCGUCCAUCGAGAAGGAACCAUUGAAUGCCAAUGUGGAGUCGGGUGGGCUGGAAACGGCUACCUCUGCGGCCCUGACAUUGACAUCGAUGGUUUCCCCGAUGAGAGACUGGCCUGUCCUGAGAGGAACUGCGCCAAGGAUAAUUGUCUCACUGUGCCAAACUCUGGUCAAGAAGAUGCUGACGGUGAUGGAAUUGGAGAUGCCUGUGAUGAGGAUGCAGAUGGGGACGGGAUCCUCAACACACAGGAUAAUUGUGUGCUGGUGCCCAACAUAGACCAGAGGAACAUCGAUGAGGAUGACUUCGGCGAUGCCUGCGACAACUGCCGUGCUGUCAAAAACAGCGACCAAAAGGACACAGAUGUGGACAAAUUUGGUGACGAGUGUGAUGACGACAUUGAUGGGGAUGGAAUUCCCAAUCACCUGGAUAACUGCAAAAGGGUUCCCAACACUGACCAGAAAGAUCGUGAUGGGGACAAAGUGGGAGACGCCUGCGACAGCUGUCCAUAUGAUCCCAACCCUGACCAGAUGGAUGCGGACAACGACUUGAUUGGAGACCCUUGUGACACCAACAAGGACAGUGAUGGAGAUGGUCACCAAGACUCUCGAGACAACUGCCCAGCAGUCAUCAACAGCUCCCAGCUAGACACUGACAAGGACGGCAAGGGAGAUGAGUGUGAUGAUGACGAUGACAAUGAUGGCAUCCCAGACCUGCUGCCACCUGGUCCUGAUAACUGCCGUCUGAUCCCCAACCCUCUGCAGGAGGACUCUGAUGGCAACGGUGUGGGUAAUGUUUGUGAGAGGGAUUUCGACAAUGACACAAUCAUCGAUACCAUAGACGCUUGUCCUGAAAACGCUGAGGUCACACUCACCGACUUCAGGGAGUAUCAGACCGUUGUUUUAGAUCCAGAGGGAGAUGCACAGAUCGAUCCUAAUUGGGUGGUGCUGAACCAGGGAAGAGAGAUAGUCCAGACGAUGAAUAGUGAUCCUGGGUUGGCUGUUGGUUACACUGCUUUCAGUGGCGUGGACUUUGAAGGAACAUUUCAUGUGAACACGGUCACGGACGACGACUACGCAGGAUUCAUCUUUGGGUACCAGGACAGCUCCAGUUUCUACGUGGUGAUGUGGAAGCAGGUGGAACAGAUCUAUUGGCAGGCAAACCCGUUCAGAGCUGUAGCAGAACCCGGUAUACAGUUGAAGGCUGUCAAGUCAAACACUGGUCCAGGUGAGAACCUGAGGAACGCCCUGUGGCACACUGGUGACACAAGUGACCAGGUGAACCUGCUGUGGAAAGAUGCUCGCAAUGUUGGCUGGAAGGACAAGACGUCCUAUCGCUGGUUCCUGCAGCACAGACCUGCUGAUGGCUACAUCAGGGUUCGUUUCUAUGAGGGCACUCAGAUGGUGGCAGACACAGGUGUCAUCAUAGACACUACGAUGAGAGGAGGCAGACUGGGAGUCUUCUGCUUCUCUCAGGAGAACAUCAUCUGGGCCAACCUACGUUACCGCUGCAACGGUGAGUGA